AUGGGCGUGUUGCCUAAGAAGGCAGCGGAAGGUGGCGCGAAGGCGGCGGCUGAAGCGGGUUUGAAGGCAGGGGAGGGCGAGUCAGAGGCGAAGGCAGCAGAAGGCGGCGAUGCGAAGAGCGUGUCUGGGGUCGAUGCGAAGGCUGGACCUGUUGCGUCGUCGAAGGCGGGUGCUGGGCCUUUGUUGCUUGCGAAGAAGUCGAUGGGCGUGUUGCCUAAGAAGGCAGCGGAAGCUGGCGCGAAGGCGGCGGCUGAAGCGGGUUUGAAGGCAGGGGAGGUCGAGUCAGAGGCGAAGGCAGCAGAAGGCGGCGAUGCGAAGGCUGGACCCGUUGCAUCGUCGAAGGCAGGGCCUGGGCCUGCGUUGCUUGCGAAGAAGUCGAUAAGUUUGUUGCCUAAGAAGGCAGCGGAACCUGGCGCGAAGGCGGCGGCUGAAGCGGGUUUGAAGGCAGGGGAGGUCGAGUCAGAGGCGAAGGCAGCAGAAGGCGGCGAUGCGAAGGCUGGACCUGUUGCAUCGUCGAAGGCAGGGCCUGGGCCUGCGUUGCUUGCGAAGAAGUCGAUAGGUUUGUUGCCUAAGAAGGCAGCGGAAGGUGGCGCGAAGGCGGCGGCUGAAGCGGGUUUGAAGGCAGGGGAGGGCGAGUCAGAGGCGAAGGCAGCAGAAGGCGCCGAUGCGAAGGCUGGACCUGUUGCGUCGUCGAAGGCGGGUGCUGGGCCUUUGUUGCUUGCGAAGAAGUCGAUGGGCGUGUUGCCUAAGAAGGCAGCGGAAGGUGGCGCGAAGGCGGCGGCUGAAGCGGGUUUGAAGGCAGGGGAGGGCGAGUCAGAGGCGAAGGCAGCAGAAGGCAGCGAUGCGAAGAGCGUGUCUGGGGUCGAUGCGAAGGCUGGACCUGUUGCGUCGUCGAAGGCGGGUGCUGGGCCUUUGUUGCUUGCGAAGAAGUCGAUGGGCGUGUUGCCUAAGAAGGCAGCGGAAGCUGGCGCGAAGGCGGCGGCUGAAGCGGGUUUGAAGGCAGGGGAGGGCGAGUCAGAGGCGAAGGCAGCAGAAGGCGCCGAUGCGAAGAGCGUGUCUGGGGUCGAUGCGAAGGCUGGACCUGUUGCGUCGUCGAAGGCGGGUGCUGGGCCUGCGUUGCUUGCGAAGAAGUCGAUGGGCGUGUUGCCUAAGAAGGCAGCGGAAGCUGGCGCGAAGGCGGCGGCUGAAGCGGGUUUGAAGGCAGGGGAGGUCGAGUCAGAGGCGAAGGCAGCAGAAGGCGCCGAUGCGAAGGCUGGACCUGUUGCAUCGUCGAAGGCGGGUGCUGGGCCUGCGUUGCUUGCGAAGAAGUCGAUGGGCGUGUUGCCUAAGAAGGCAGCGGAACCUGGCGCGAAGGCGGCGGCUGAAGCGGGUUUGAAGGCAGGGGAGGGCGAGUCAGAGGCGAAGGCAGCAGAAGGCGGCGAUGCGAAGAGCGUGUCUGGGGUCGAUGCGAAGGCUGGACCUGUUGCGUCGUCGAAGGCGGGUGCUGGGCCUGCGUUGCUUGCGAAGAAGUCGAUGGGUGUGUUGCCUAAGAAGGCAGCGGAAGCUGGCGCGAAGGCGGCGGCUGAAGCGGUUUUGAAGGCAGGGGAGGGCGAGUCAGAGGCGAAGGCAGCAGAAGGCGGCGAUGCGAAGAGCGUGUCUGGGGUCGAUGCGAAGGCUGGACCUGUUGCGUCGUCGAAGGCGGGUGCUGGGCCUGCGUUGCUUGCGAAGAAGUCGGUGGGCGUGCUGCCUAAGAAGGCAGCGGAAGCUGGCGCGAAGGCGGCGGCUGAAGCGGCUUUGAAGGCAGGGGAGGGCGAGUCAGAGGCGAAGGCAGCAGAAGGCGGCGAUGCGAAGAGCGUGUCUGGGGUCGAUGCGAAGGCUGGACCUGUUGCGUCGUCGAAGGCGGGUGCUGGGCCUGCAUUGCUUGCGAAGAAGUCGAUGGGCGUGUUGCCUAAGAAGGCAGCGGAACCUGGCGCGAAGGCGGCGGCUGAAGCGGGUUUGAAGGCAGGGGAGGGCGAGUCAGAGGCGAAGGCAGCAGAAGGCGGCGAUGCGAAGGCUGGACCUGUUGCGUCGUCGAAGGCGGGUGCUGGGCCUGCGUUGCUUGCGAAGAAGUCGAUGGGCGUGUUGCCUAAGAAGGCAGCGGAACCUGGCGCGAAGGCGGCGGCUGAAGCGGGUUUGAAGGCAGGGGAGGGCGAGUCAGAGGCGAAGGCAGCAGAAGGCGGCGAUGCGAAGAGCGUGUCUGGAGUCGAUGCGAAGGCUGGACCUGUUGCGUCGUCGAAGGCGGGUGCUGGGCCUGCGUUGCUUGCGAAGAAGUCGAUGGGCGUGUUGCCUAAGAAGGCAGCGGAAGCUGGCGCGAAGGCGGCGGCUGAAGCGGGUUUGAAGGCAGGGGAGGGCGAGUCAGAGGCGAAGGCAGCAGAAGGCGGCGAUGCGAAGAGCGUGUCUGGGGUCGAUGCGAAGGCUGGACCUGUUGCGUCGUCGAAGGCGGGUGCUGGGCCUGCGUUGCUUGCGAAGAAGUCGAUGGGCGUGUUGCUUAAGAAGGCAGCGGAACCUGGCGUGAAGGCGACGGCUGAAGCGGGUUUGAAGGCAGGGGAGGUCGAGUCAGAGGCGAAGGCAGCAGAAGGCGCCGAUGCGAAGGCUGGACCUGUUGCAUCGUCGAAGGCAGGGCCUGGGCCUGCGUUGCUUGCGAAGAAGUCGAUAGGUUUGUUGCCUAAGAAGGCAGCGGAAGGUGGCGCGAAGGCGGCGGCUGAAGCGAGUUUGAAGGCAGGGGAGGGCGAGUCAGAGGCGAAGGCAGCAGAAGGCGCCGAUGCGAAGGCUGGACCUGUUGCAUCGUCGAUGGCGGGUGCUGGGCCUGCGUUGCUUGCGAAGAAGUCGAUAGGUUUGUUGCCUAAGAAGGCAGCGGAAGGUGGCGCGAAGGCGGCGGCUGAAGCGGGUUUGAAGGCAGGGGAGGGCGAGUCAGAGGCGAAGGCAGCAGGAAGCGGCGAUGCGAAGAGCGUGUCUGGGGUCGAUGCGAAGGCUGGACCUGUUGCGUCGUCGAAGGCGGGUGCUGGGCCUGCGUUGCUUGCGAAGAAGUCGAUGGGCGUGUUGCCUAAGAAGGCAGCGGAACCUGGCGCGAAGGCGGCGGCUGAAGCGGGUUUGAAGGCAGGGGAGGGCGAGUCAGAGGCGAAGGCAGCAGAAGGCGGCGAUGCGAAGAGCGUGUCUGGGGUCGAUGCGAAGGCUGGACCUGUUGCGUCGUCGAAGGCGGGUGCUGGGCCUGCGUUGCUUGCGAAGAAGGCGGUGGGCGUGCUGCCUAAGAAGGCAGCGGAAGCUGGCGCGAAGGCGGCGGCUGAAGCGGGUUUGAAGGCAGGGGAGGGCGAGUCAGAGGCGAAGGCAGCAGAAGGCGGCGAUGCGAAGAGCGUGUCUGGGGUCGAUGCGAAGGCUGGACCUGUUGCGUCGUCGAAGGCGGGUGCUGGGCCUGCGUUGCUUGCGAAGAAGUCGAUGGGCGUGUUGCCUAAGAAGGCAGCGGAAGCUGGCGCGAAGGCGGCGGCUGAAGCGGGGGAGGGCGAGUCAGAGGCGAAGGCAGCAGAAGGCGGCGAUGCGAAGAGCGUGUCUGGGGUCGAUGCGAAGGCUGGACCUGUUGCGUCGUCGAAGGCGGGUGCUGGGCCUGCGUUGCUUGCGAAGAAGUCGAUGGGCGUGUUGCCUAAGAAGGCAGCGGAACCUGGCGCGAAGGCGGCGGCUGAAGCGGGUUUGAAGGCAGGGGAGGGCGAGUCAGAGGCGAAGGCAGCAGAAGGCGGCGAUGCGAAGGCUGGACCUGUUGCGUCGUCGAAGGCGGGUGCUGGGCCUGCGUUGCUUGCGAAGAAGUCGAUGGGCGUGUUGCCUAAGAAGGCAGCGGAAGCUGGCGCGAAGGCGGCGGCUGAAGCGGGUUUGAAGGCAGGGGAGGUCGAGUCAGAGGCGAAGGCAGCAGAAGGCGCCGAUGCGAAGGCUGGACCUGUUGCAUCGUCGAAGGCGGGUGCUGGGCCUGCGUUGCUUGCGAAGAAGUCGAUGGGCGUGUUGCCUAAGAAGGCAGCGGAACCUGGCGCGAAGGCGGCGGCUGAAGCGGGUUUGAAGGCAGGGGAGGGCGAGUCAGAGGCGAAGGCAGCAGAAGGCGGCGAUGCGAAGAGCGUGUCUGGGGUCGAUGCGAAGGCUGGACCUGUUGCGUCGUCGAUGGCGGGUGCUGGGCCUGCGUUGCUUGCGAAGAAGUCGAUAGGUUUGUUGCCUAAGAAGGCAGCGGAACCUGGCGCGAAGGCGGCGGCUGGAGCGGGUUUGAAGGCAGGGGAGGGCGAGUCAGAGGCGAAGGCAGCAGAAGGCGGCGAUGCGAAGAGCGUGUCUGGGGUCGAUGCGAAGGCUGGACCUGUUGCGUCGUCGAAGGCGGGUCCUGGGCUUGCGUUGCUGGCUACGAAGGCUCGCGGCGUUCCCUUAGCGAAAAGCGCUGCUGGCGGUUUGGGGAAGGAUGAGAUCAGUGAGAGGUCAGCCUCAAAACAAAAGGUGUUGAAAGGCGAUUCUAGUUUUGUUUUAUCCAACGGCAUUGAGUCUGAGGAGCAGGCACGCUUGUCCUAUGGUGAGAACUAG